CAUAGCACGCAUGAAGCAAAUUGAAAAAGAAGGUAACUCACCUCAAGAAUGGAAAGCCUACAUCACAUUCUUAAAAACUAUUCCCUCAGAAAACAACAUCCUUAGCAAACCUUUGUCAGAGGCAUACAGCAGAGCCUUUUAUGGCAUACUGAAAAACAGAGAGCACCGAGAUAACGAAGCUUUUGCAAGCAUCAUCAUGGAGUAUGUGCAGUUCAAAAGCGAUCCGAAAUGAAUUAGAUGCUGUUGAUGCAAUCCUAGACAUGGCUCGUUCACAAGUGCAGAAUUAUGCGGUAAUUGUGGUGACAGCAGCUGAAAUUAAAUUGAUGAAAGGAGAUACAGAGAAAGCAUUAAGUAUAUUGACAAAAGCCCUGUCCAAAGGGAAAGCUCAGCCUAAGGAUCUGCUGAUUCAAGCCAUCAGAGCUGCUGAAUCCGGACAAGUGAGACUUCUUUCUGAACAGGAGCGAAAACUUGAAGUUCCAUGGGUACUUGCAAAGUCUGGUUUCAAAGACACAACAGAAACUAAAGGAUGCAAUGACCCUGGGUCUAAGAGUAGCUAUACUCUGCCUAACCUGGACAGUACUGUCAGUCGAAGCCAUGGGCAUGGCUUAGUUCCCUUCAUUGGUAUUGAUAUCACAGAACCUCCUAUGACAAGAGAGCCGCCCAGUGCAAGCAAGCCAGGGCUUCACCAUUACAACAGUACUCCAGAAGUCAGAGCUGGUAUGGUACCACGUCCUCCAUCUUCCCAGUUACGAUCCAGCAAACUGAAAGGAAAGCUGGGAAUGCCAAUGCGUGUGCGUAACCCUUUACAGCAGCAUGCAGUGAGUCAGCUAAGUGGUGAAACAGAAGAUGAUACAGAGUUGUCUGGCUCUUUUCGGCCAUUGGCACCCCUCUCUUCAUCUGCAUCAGGGCUUUUCAGAUCAAUGUCCACCAACUCUGGUUCCAAUAGUGACCUGAUCCUAUCCCAGGAGGAUUCAAAUGUAACUUCUCAGCCAGUAUUAUCAUCAAAAGGUGAAGGAAAUGCCACUGAGAGAAAACAGCUCAGUGAUACUGCAAGAAAGAAGUACCCUGCGACUGAUCACCCUGUGACAGGAGAGAUAAACCCAUUGUUAUCUGUUAUAACGGAAAUGGAGACUCCUAACUGUUCUGCAAGCAAGGGAAACAAACUAUGUGAGGACGUAAUGAAGAGCACAGUCAGCCUCCAAGCUGUUCCAGGUCAUUCAAAUACUUCAUCCAUUCAUCAUUUUAAAUGUGUUCUCCAACCAGAAGUUUCUGGCAUGCAAGAAAAUGGUGUAAAGCAGCAGAUAGAGCAAAUGGACACUGGAAGAAGACUUGAGGAAAUAGACCAACGAGCAUCAUCUGUUGUGGUUCACUCAAAGGCUGCUGCCAGCUCAGAGGUCCAGGCAUCUGCUGCAAGCUGGCAUGGUGCCAAUCCUGUUAUGUCUACACCAUCAUGUAAAAGCCAGAGGUCACAGGAUUUUCCAGCUACUGUCUUCCAAACACCAAAACCAGAUUUCAUUCAAAAUGUGGUAGUGAAUGGCGAGCAUUACUGCAUACUGAAGAAAGUUGGCCGUGGAGGUUCAGCUCAGGUUUUUAUGGUUUUUGACUCCCAAAAAAAUGUUCGUGCGCUGAAAGUGGUGGAUUUAGAAGGUGCUGGAGAGGAAGUCAUUGAUGGCUACCGCAAUGAGAUCAGUUUGCUUCAGCGUCUGCAGUACUGUGAUAGCGUGAUCAAGAUGUACAACUUUGAGUAUAAUGAGCAGCUGAACCGACUGUAUGUUGUCCUGGAGUUUGGAGAGACAGAUUUGGCAGGUUUUUUUGCCACACGAGCCAAGCAGCAUUGUGGAAUGGACCCAACCACAAUCAAGUUUUAUUGGAAAGAGAUGCUUCGUGCAGUCCAUGCACUACACCAAGAAGGUAUUAUCCAUUCAGACCUGAAGCCAGCCAAUUUCAUGCUAGUGGCUGGAAACUUAAAGCUGAUUGACUUUGGCAUAGCCAAUGCUCUACAGCAAGACAAGACAAGUGUGCUGAAAGACACAAGGGUGGGAACACCCAGCUACAUGAGCCCAGAAGCCAUCAUGGCAGCCUGUGAUGAUGGGGCAGAUGACUCUUUCAGUGAUAAGGAGAAUGUUGACAAGAAUGCUAGACCAAAGUACAAGAUCGGAAAGCGCAGUGAUGUGUGGUCCCUUGGGUGCAUCCUAUACAAUAUGGUGUAUGGUCGCACUCCAUUCCAGCACAUUAAGAACAAUCUUGGGAAGCUCCAAGCGAUCACCAACCCCAAAUAUGUCAUCAAAUUUCCUCCAGUUCCUGAUCCUCACCUCCUGGAUGUAUUACAGAAGUGUCUUAUCCGUGAUGUAAAAUCGCGCCUCACUACUGAAGAGCUUUUGGUGCACCCGUACCUGACCAGUGAUAAAGACAGUACUACUAAAGUUCCAACAGAUAAAGACAAUGAACACACUCCUUCCAAUAUUUCUCACACUCCAGAACCUUUAAGACUGAAAGAGCAACUAAAGACACAUGUAGCACAUGGCUGUUCUCCUGCGACCAAAGCUGUCAUCAUGAACCUUCUACAGAAACUGGACAAAACUGGGUCUUAACUCGUAAGCAAACUUCACGUAACAAGUUUUACAAUCAAGAAUACUGAUCUCGAGCUCUCACAGCCACAUAGCUUUCGCAUAUUUUUUCAGAAAUUUUAGAAAUCUGUGCAUGGGCAUACAGAUAGUAGAGUAGAUUAAAUCUUAUGUGUGCAUUUGAACAUUCAUCUGCAAUUCAUAGUUCCAUGUACAUUUUGUAGAUAUAUAUAUAUUAUGCACUUUUCAUAAUUGUUUUUGAUCUUGUUAAGAAUUACGUAAUGAUUUUAUGUCUAGCAUUCUUUGUCUUUUAUUGUAAUUAAAUUUGUUUUUCCCCAGAUGUUUAUAAAAUGUUCAUUUGUAGCAUAAAGUUUAAUACAUGUAGUGCAAUCUACUUGGCUUGAAGAUUGUUAUUUGCUGUCUAUUAAUUACACUGUUUCAUAUGUAUUCAAGGUAGACCUGAAUAUCAGAAAACUGUCAGGAAUAUUUAGUCUUUGGAUCAAAUAUACAAGCAGCAGGAUGUUGGAUCAAAGUUUUCAAACCAAGACAUCUUCAGAUUGAAUCAGUUGGUUUAAUGCAUUUAAUAAACUUAACAUUUUCACUAAACAG